GUUUGUAAAACUACUUAUUAAAUUUAUUUUCAAAAAUAUUAAAGGAUGUUAUAGGAAAAUAUGACACAAAAUAUAGAUUAGUCUAAAGGGACAUAGUUACCAAUUUUUUGCUCUAAAAAAACAGUUUUCCCAAAAAUAUUUGAUAGUAAUUGUCUUUUUCUAAAUUGUAAACAUAGGAAAAUUGUAAAAGAGUGUUUAAUAGUAAUUUUCCUUUCUUCAAACCCUAAACAAAAAUAAAUUGUAGAAUAAUUAUUUCAGUAUUUUUAUGAAUAAUCGACUUUUCUAAUUAAAUAUUUAAUUUUCUGUUUAAAAAUCAUAAACCAAAAGGAACUACAAUUAUUCACAUAUGUAUUUUGGAUUAAGCUCUCUCAUAUUUGGCCAGCAAACAUAAUAAGAGUAGAAGAAAAAUAGUAGGUGAGUUUUUCUGCAUGUUCUUUCAUAUCUUUGCGUGAUCUUUUUUUUUGUCACAUGUUGACGAAAUAACUAGGUUUCCUGAUCGUCACAUUUUUUUUCUUCUUAAACUGAUGUUGAUUUUUUUGUUAGUCAUAAUUGUCGUUCUGAUUUACGUUAGUUAUUGCCACAUUUAUACUUUGGCGUUUGUACAUAUAGCUAAAUAGAUGUUACACAGUUAUGUUGUUGUAUAAAAAAUCAAUGUGACUAUUAUGCUUAUAUGUGUUUGUUCUUAUCCAAAAUAUAUAUUGGUUAUACUGCUGUAGUUAAGUUUAUGUCAAUGUCAAUUUAUUUAUGAAUAAUAGACUUUUAUAUUUGGGUGAGCUUUUAUGCAUGUCCUUUCACAUCUAAACUGAUGUUCACAUAGGCCUUGAGUGAUAACUGUGGUCCCAUAAACAGAAAGGGACGGGAGAGAAAGUGACACCAUUCACUUUACUUUUCUUGUUUUGCGUUUUCUGAAAUUAAAAUAAUAAAAAAAUAAGAUAGCAUAGCAUGUGAUGUUGUCAGAUAUUAACCGCACCCUAUCCACUCAGUCCCGCACUUUGCGUACAAAAGGAGUGGUUUAUAUGUGGUUUGUGACAUUUUUUUUUUGAUUUUUAUUUUAAAUACAACAGGAAAUAAAAAAAAUCUAGUCUAUAAAUAGAAGAAGUAUGUUAUCAGGUUACACACACUUCACUUCAAUUAUCAUACUUCAUAUACAAUCGCAUUCUUUCCAUUUCUGGUCCAAAAACGUUUUUUUGUUUUCAAACAAGAACAAGAUAUGUCAGGAAGACGUCAUGGAAACACAAAUCCUGUGGGACAAAGAAAUUCAAAUGUUCAUAACGAAACUUCUUCACGAAACGCGUCGAGAUUUAAGUGGACCUAUGAACAAGAAAAAACAUUGAUUGAGUUGUAUGAUCAAGCAAUUUCUAUGAACGAUUAUACUCUUAAAGAUCCUACGGUUCUUGGUAGAGAGCACAUGGUCGACAAUUUCAACCGUGCAUUUAAUUUGAAUAUAAAUUAUGCAUUUUUCAAAAACAAACUUGAUGAUUUCAAAAAAGCAUAUAAGAAGUGGAAGUUUCUCAUGACUUCUACUGGAAUAACGGUUAAUCCGGAAACGUCGAUGAUUUAUGCAUCAGAUGAAUGGUGGGAGGCCCGUGAAUCGGGAUGCAAAAUAACAAGAUCUUUUAAAAGACAACCACCACCGUUUUGGGAUGUGAUGGUUCGAUGUUUUGUGCUACACGAUGUUUAUUCGCAACCUCAACAGUCGUCACGCCAACGAAGACAACAAAUAUUGACUGAAGGAAUAGAGGAAGAUGACUUGUUUGAUUUUUCAGACAAUGAUGGUGAUGACAUACCUCAACAUAAUGUUCCUCAAACCCAAGAAAAUGAAGAAAUAUAUCGUGUUAACCUCAAUGCCGAUACACUUCCUUCGCACGAAUAUACUCAAGAGUCAACUCGGCUUCCUUCUCGAAGAGGUGAAGAACGUACAAGACGUGGAGGUCGUUCAGAAAGAACUGGAGGACGUGGAAGCACUUCUCAAACGUCUGCUAGAAACUCAGGAACUAAUGUUGGAAGUACUUCAAGAGGUCAUCGAAGAAGACAAUCAUUCGAGACUACAAUACAAGACACCAUUAAUGGAUAUAAAGAAUUUCAACGACAAAGUCUACAACAGCUAUGCCCAGGUGCUUUUGAUAAGGAUGAUUACGAUGAAUUCAAAAAAGCAGAACAAAUAUUUCUUGCUUUGGAACUUCCCAAAUUCACUAAAUUUUACUGGGCUUGCAUUAACGCACUUAAAGAACUGGUUUUUUGGCGAAAGUAUUUCAUUGAUAUAGCUCGAAGCAAUGACGAAGAUAAAUUGCAACUACUAGAAGCUAUGACUGGUGUAUCACGAAAUAAUGAAGAUGUGCCAAAACAAUUGGGCUCUGGACAGUUAUUUGGGAGUCCACAUUCUGGAGGUUUAUCAUCUGGUAGUCCAUCUUCAGUGGGUAAUUGUUCAAGAGGAAACAAUUUUCAAAACUUGGGUGCACCACCGACUACACAACAAUGGGGUACACCUCCAAAUGUGCAACACUGGGGAACACCACCAAAUAUGCGACACUGGGGAACACCACCAAAUGUUCAAUAUUGGGGGACAUCACCAAACGCUCAACCAUGGGGUGUACCUCCAAAUGGUCCAAGUUGGAACACACCUCCAAAUGCUCAACAAUGGAGUACGCCACCAUAUCCUCAACAAUGGAACAUUCCACAGAAUUUUUAUCAUGGUCAGCAACCAUCAAAUGUUCAGCAAGCCGGCUCUUCUGGAACAACACCAACAAAUGUUCACUACGGAUUUACAGUUGGAAAUCAAGGUGGAAGUCCACUGAAUACACAACGAAAUUAUUCGGAAGGUGCAAGUAUAGAUUCUUCACCAAAGGUCCACCAAUCACCAUCAACUAGUAUCGGUUUCACUAAUUAUUUUGAACCAGGAAACACAUCACAAAGACCGAGACGUGGAGGUCUAUUCAAUAUUUGGAGAACUACAGAAGAACCUAAUGAAGAGAAUCAAAGUGGUUCAGGAGACGAAGAGUAGCGAUCUGAUUGUCAUGUUUAUAUAUUAUGAUAUAAUGUUAUUAUUUUUAUUGUGUGUUAUAGGUUUUCAUAUGUUUUAAAAUACUUUUAUAUUACUUUCUUGUGUUAAUG